UCGCUUGUAAUUAACACGCCUUUAAAGCUGGUGAAGCACCAAUCAAAAUGCCACCUGGGGGGGUUUGGGGAUAAAUGAAGCGCAUCAUCUCCGCGUCCUCAGCGUGGAUAGUGCGUGACCGCGCAGCGCGAGAGACAGUCAAGAGGCUGUCAGGAUCAGAAGACGGUCGCGAUCGCGCGCUCUCUGUAGAUAACCGCAAAUCGCGUAUUUUUGGUCUGUGCACCUGCUCCGGAACAUUGCCAACCAUAACUUACUAUAGGAAUAAACAUGGAGCAUAGUAUUUUUCCUCGCUCCUUGUGGACUAAUGACAGCAAAACUCUCCCUCACCACGUCGCGGAUUUCUUCACUAGUGUUCAAGUUACACAGGACAUACCAGCUGGAACCUCAUUCGGACCUUGUGUUCUUCAUAACACAUUUUAUGACACCAUAGCCUUCAUUGCAUUGAAAUCCUUUGACAAACGGAAUAAAUCCUAUGUAUUUCGGGUAGAUCCUGAGGCAAUGAAAGGUUCUCCAUUAGUAGUUCCUUGGCUCCGGUUAGUUCAGGCUGCAAUGAGCGAAGAAGACCAGAAUACUGAGGCCUACUUGAAAGGCGGACAGCUGCACUUUAGGACUAUUCGAGAUGUAAAAGAAGGGGAGGAAUUGCUUGUUUGGUAUGAUGAGGAGCUGUCUCAUCUUUUGGGAUUCAGAGACAUAAAGGCAAAAGCCCUGGCAGAUGGUUACACAUGUACAAGAUGCGGCCAGGCCUUCAAGUACGAAAACCCAUUCCUUGCCCACUGUCGUUUUUUAUGUACCCAGGAAAAAGUCGACAUCAUCAGGCCAAUCAACCAACAGAAGCCAGAAGUUAAGCGACAGCGCAAAGUCAUCGAUUUUCAUAAUAUUGCAAGAGAUUUGGAGGACAAAAUGAACAGUUCUUCUGAAGACACGACCAUAGUUCGAAAACGAAAACAAGAGCCUUCAUUAAGCCCCAAAAGCAAAAAAACGGUUUUAUUGGAGAAAACUAACAUCUCUAAUGAAAGCAACACUACCAAUGCCAACAAAGACUGUCGAGCUUUUCGGAAUAUAUCUGAAUCAACAGAUAACGUACAGACAAAUGAGUCAAAGAUAAGUAAAAACAGCGCAUUUACCGAGGUUAGAAAAGCGCCAGAGUCCACAAACCCAGAAAAGUCAUCACGGGAUGUAAUGGCGUCCGAAGUAGGCCUGCAAUCGAAAUGCAGCGCAUUCUCGUUCGUUGUACCCAAAAGCGCGCUCUCGGAGCAGAAGAGCGCGUUCUGUGAACCCAGCAAACGCGCUCUCGCUGAAGCCCAGAACCUUUCUAUACCAGAUACGGAUAAUAGCUCAGACUCUUUCAAAUCCAAAUCUUCAUUAGGAUACAGAAACGUAUUGGCUUCGCACCUGUUUCACACCGACUUGCCAGGCAGUCAUGCAGGUGGAGUGAUGUCCGCUCCUCUGGCUUCAGGAUCCUACUAUUACGCGCCCGAACACUGGACCAGGGCUAUAGGUGGCCAGCUGCAGUCUACAUCUUCUUUGACACUUUUGCCCCCUACUUUCACUCCUUUGGGUGUUUCAGUGCAAAACUGGUGCGCCAAAUGCAACCUCUCCUUCAGAAUGACCUCCGACUUGGUGUUUCACAUGCGGUCACAUCACAAAAAAGAGUUCGCCGCAGAGGCUCAGGUGAGGCGGAGGAGAGAAGAGAAACUCACCUGUCCCAUAUGCCACGAGUACUUUCGAGAGCGUCACCACCUCUCACGUCACAUGACAUCACAUAAUUGAGAUGAAAAUCUAAUCUGCACUUUGCAGGUAUUGAUAAUUGAGAGACGCAUUGAUGCAUUUACACUGUGAUGAUGCUUUGUGGUUUGGCUGCUAUUGGGAGGUGCUUUGCUGUAGCAAUACAUUAAAAACGGGGCAAAAACUCCUAACGUUUUAACCAAGAGACCUUGUCUUAUAUUCUCAACAGGCCACAGUGGUUCAGCUAGUAUUUUAAGUGGUGGUGGGCUUGGAUAGUGCAAUUCAGGUUAGGCCUACAUCGCCACUAGGUGGCUAUAGACAUGCAUAACUUUCUCUUUAGAGAUAGUGCAUUUAGUUGUGACUAAUACUGUUGAAUUGUUUGGUCAAUUUUAACUUAACAGUGCCUUAUAACGUAUGGAUGACUACAUGUAUUUACACGUAUUGAGAAACGAUAGAACAAAAUGCUCCAGCAUUUUUAGGUUAAUUUGCUAACAGCUGACUACACUAUUAUAAACAUACUACAUUGCUUUGUAAAGAGAUUUUAUUUUUGAAAUAUUCAUCUUUUCACAAUGCCAAAUUUUAUGUUACAAUGUUAUUUUCAGAUAUCUACUUCUAUUUAACAUUUUUAUCAGCACAAUGACA